UAUCUGUCUGUUAUACUCCUUGACUGAUUUUUCAUACAUGGUUUGAACGAGCGUCCAUGUUGGUGAUCCUGUUGAACUGUGUAACCUUGGGCAUGUUCCAUCCCUGUGAGGACAUCGACUGCAACUCUGACAGAUGUAAAAUCCUGCAGGAUUUUGAUGACUUUAUCUUUGCAUUCUUUGCCAUUGAGAUGGUGAUCAAGAUGGUGGCUCUGGGGAUUUUUGGCAAGAAAUGUUACCUUGGAGAUACGUGGAAUCGCUUGGACUUCUUCAUUGUGAUAGCAGGGAUGUUGGAGUAUUCCCUCAACCUGCAGAACGUCAGCUUUUCAGCAGUGAGGACAGUCCGAGUGCUGAGGCCACUGAGGGCUAUCAACAGAGUGCCAAGUAUGCGUAUCCUGGUUACCCUGCUGCUCGACACUCUGCCCAUGCUGGGCAACGUGCUGUUGCUUUGCUUCUUUGUCUUCUUCAUAUUUGGCAUCGUGGGAGUCCAGCUGUGGGCCGGCCUGCUCAGGAAUCGCUGCUUUGUGGAGGAUAACUUUUCUUUCCCUCUGUCGGCGGAGCUUGAAAAAUACUACCACACUGAAAAUGACGAUGAGAACCCCUUUAUCUGCUCUCAGCCCAGAGAGAAUGGCAUGAGGGACUGUAGCUCAGUGCCCAAGCUCUAUGAUGAGGCAGGUCUGCAAUGCAAUCUCGACAUGUACUCCUACAACAGCACUGAUAACACCACCUGUGUUAACUGGAACCAGUACUACAACAACUGCUCUGCUGGUCUGUUUAACCCCUUCAAAGGGGCGAUCAACUUUGACAACAUCUGCUAUGCCUGGAUUGCCAUUUUUCAGGUGAUCACUCUGGAGGGCUGGGUGGAUAUCAUGUAUUUCGUCAUGGAUGCUCACUCUUUCUACAACUUCAUCUAUUUCAUCUUGCUAAUUAUCAUUGGCUCAUUCUUCAUGAUCAAUCUCUGCCUGGUAGUCAUUGCCACUCAGUUCUCAGAAACCAAGCAAAGAGAGAGUCAACUGAUGAAGGAACAGAGGGUGCGCUUCAUGUCCAACGCCAGCACCCUGGCCUCCCUCUCUGAGCCGGGUUCCUGCUAUGAUGAGCUGCUCAAGUACCUUGUCCAUGUGGUCCGCAAGGGGGUGAAACAGGUGGCACACAUCUGCAGGUUCUUAGCACGUCGUGCAGGGCUCAACAUUGCCGUAUCUCCACCGCCAGUGGAACCCCAGCAGAGGCAGAGCCAGAGGAGGAGGAGGAAGUCCUCAAGGCAGGGGUCGUUGUCUGUUUACCACAUGGUGCACCCUCACCCGCACUACCACUACCAUCUUGGGAAUGGCAGUGUGAGAGCAGGAGGGAACAUCAGAUGUCUGGAAGGUCAGGAUGUGGACCCAUCUUCUCAUAACAAUGUAGGGCCAACAACCUGUAGUGGGAACCUUAAUUUAGCGCCACCACCGCACUCAGUCGUGACAGCAACCUCUGACACAAAUCUAGCGGGAUAUGCUGAUUCACACUCAACACUUGGUGUACUCCACCAAGAAACUCUUUGCUGCACACCCUCAACCACAAACUUGUGGCAGACCCCAGGCUCAUUCUCCUUUACUCCAGUGUCCACGUCUAGGCCAAUGAAGAGGAACUCUGUGCCAUUUACUGCUCCCGGUCCUAAGAAUUACCCCACUCUUCAGGCAAGAGCUCUAGCAGAGUCAAGACGAGGGAGUAUGACAACCAGUACUCUCACAAAUAUCAGCCUUAACAUCCCACCAAUGUCCUAUGGGAGAAGGCGGCAGAGCCUGGCGGACACCCACAACCCCUCAGCUGCAGCCCAGCCCUCUUGCCAGCUGUCGGCUCGUGACCUCAGCACCAUGAGCAGCGCCACGGACGUGGCCGGGUUGACAUUGGACCCUGAAAGUUGCCCUUACUGCGCAAAGGCCCUUGCCAAUGAGUCGGAGGGUGGCACAGAGACACCAGGAGACUCUGACAGCGAGGGUGUCUAUGAGUUUAACCAAGACACGCGCCGCAGAGACAGACGGGACAGUCGACAGCCCAGAAAAAAGCCCUUCAGGUUGGGUAAAACAGCUGGAAAGGUUGUGCGCUUCUGGAGGUUGGUGUGUGAUACGUUCAGGAAGAUCGUUGAUAGCAAGUACUUUGGACGAGGAAUCAUGAUUGCCAUCCUGAUCAAUACUCUCAGCAUGGGGAUCGAGUAUCAUGAACAGCCUGAUGAACUGACCAAUGCCUUGGAGAUCAGUAACAUUGUGUUCACCAGCCUCUUCUCCCUCGAGAUGCUGUUAAAAGUAUUGGUCUACGGGCCUUUUGGAUAUAUUAAGAACCCCUACAAUAUUUUUGAUGGCAUCAUUGUGGUCAUCAGUGUGUGGGAAAUCGUGGGUCAGCAAGGUGGCGGUUUGUCUGUGCUGAGGACCUUCCGGCUCAUGAGGGUGCUGAAACUGGUCCGAUUCAUGCCGGCCCUGCAGAGGCAACUGGUGGUGCUGAUGAAGACCAUGGACAACGUGGCCACUUUCUGCAUGUUGCUCAUGCUCUUUAUCUUCAUCUUCAGUAUUCUGGGGAUGCAUCUGUUUGGUUGCAAAUUUGGUUCAGAGCGGGAUGGAGACACCUUUCCAGACAGGAAAAACUUUGACUCUCUUCUCUGGGCCAUUGUGACUGUUUUCCAAAUCUUGACCCAAGAAGACUGGAACAAGGUAUUAUAUAACGGCAUGGCGUCAACAACUCCGGUAGCAGCUCUCUACUUCAUCGCCCUCAUGACCUUUGGUAACUACGUUCUGUUCAACCUGUUGGUGGCCAUCUUGGUUGAAGGCUUCCAAACUGAGGAAGUGACCAAGCGGGAGGACUUGCAUGCCCAACUGAGUCUAAUUCAGCUGCCUGUAGAUGCAGGGGGUGAUGCUUCUAAAACAGGUUCAGAGAUUGAUUCCUGUGCACCCAGUAUGGAGGAUGUUAACGGCAGUAAGAGGGAUUUAUCAGCCUCUGCAGUAGUACCUGUAAAUGGUCAUGUGGAUUUGAAGACCAGCCUGACUCCUCCACUAAUAACCCACACGGCAGCCACUCCAAUGCCUAUACCUAAGUUGCCUACUGCGGGUGACCCCAUCCAGGGCUAUGAGUCCCGCCGAGGCAGCUGUGUCUCCAUAGACCCAUCCUCCUAUGACAAGUCACCGACCAUUGCCCGGAGUGCUUCCCCUUAUUCACCUUGGAGCACAGGUAGCGGCCGCAACAGCCGCCGAUCCAGCUGGAACAGCCUAGGUCGCGCCCCAUCCCUCAAACGCCAGAAGCGGCAAUCUGGGGAGCGACAGUCGCUGUUAUCAGAAGAGGGGGGCUCAAGCUCUGAAGAAGGUGAGGCUGGAGGAGAGGGAGGUGGUGGAUUGCUCAAAGAGGACGACACCUCCUUGGCCAGGACAGACUCCAUGUCCCAGUCACAGAGAGAGCCCUGUCACCAGAGGAUGGAGUCAAUGGAGACUCGGAGCUCCAUGGAUUUGCCCCGUGAUGCUUUGCUGCAGGUACCGUACCUGUAUCGUUCAGCUAGUAUGCACAGCUCUCGACCCCCUUUACCGGGUACCUUCCGGCCUGCAGAGCACAGCGACUGCAAUGGGAAGGGCACAGCCUCACUCUUGGGCCCCACGCAUGUCUCAUUGGAGGAGAACACCGAAGAGGAAAAUGCUGACGAAGAGGCCAAUCUGGGUCGUCUUGCCAGACUGUUUCACUGGCUUGAAAGGAAACAACCUGAGUGGUGUCGACAAAGGGACACCUGGUCGCUCUACCUCUUCUCUCCAGAGUCAAGGUUUCGUUUUGUGUGCAAAAAGAUCAUCAACCACAAGAUGUUCGACCAUGUGGUGUUGGUUAUCAUCUUCCUCAACUGCAUUACUAUUGCGAUGGAGCGGCCUCGCAUCGACCCCACCAGUGCUGAACGGAUCUUCCUAACAUUAUCCAACUACAUAUUCACAGCAAUCUUUGUGACUGAGAUGACCAUAAAGAUUGUGGCAUUGGGUUGGUGCUUCGGUGACAAGGCCUACCUGAGAAGCAGCUGGAACAUUCUGGAUGGGAUGUUAGUGAUGAUAUCUGUUAUCGACAUCCUGGUCUCUUUACUCUCCAACUCUGGUACUAAGAUCCUUGGCAUGCUCAGGGUGCUGAGGCUGCUUCGUACUCUAAGGCCUCUGCGUGUAAUCAGCAGAGCGCCAGGUCUCAAGCUCGUAGUUGAGACCCUGAUGUCUUCACUGAAGCCUAUCGGCAACAUUGUGGUCAUCUGCUGUGCCUUCUUCAUAAUCUUUGGCAUCCUCGGUGUACAGCUCUUCAAAGGAAAGUUCUUCGUUUGUCAAGGAGAGGAUGUAAGGAACAUCACAAACAGGUCGGACUGUUUACAAGCCAGCUACAGAUGGGUCAGACACAAGUACAACUUCGACAACCUGGGACAGGCCUUGAUGUCUCUAUUUGUUCUGGCAUCAAAAGAUGGCUGGGUGGAUAUUAUGUAUGAUGGACUAGAUGCUGUAGGAGUAGACCAACAGCCAGUGAUGAACUACAAUCCAUGGAUGUUGCUGUACUUCAUCUCCUUCCUCUUGAUCGUGGCUUUCUUUGUGCUCAACAUGUUUGUGGGCGUCGUGGUGGAGAACUUCCACAAGUGUCGACGCCACCAGGAGGCUGAGGAGGCCAAGCGCAGGGAGGAGAAGAGACUGAAACGCAUGGAGAAAAAGAGACGGAAAGCUCAGAGUAAGCCCUACUACUCCGAUUACUCUCCCACCCGUUUGAUUAUCCACAAGAUGUGCACGAGCCACUACCUGGACCUCUUCAUCACCAUCGUCAUAGGGCUCAACGUCAUCACAAUGUCCAUGGAGCACUACCAACAGCCUAAGGAACUGGAUGAAGCAUUGAAGAUCUGUAACUACGUCUUCACUCUCAUCUUUGUUCUGGAGUCAGUCUUCAAAUUGGUUGCCUUUGGCUUUCGGCGCUUCUUUAAGGACAAGUGGAACCAGCUGGAUCUAGCCAUCGUGCUGCUGUCCAUCAUGGGUAUCACCCUGGAGGAAAUCGAGGUCAACGCUUCGCUGCCCAUUAACCCAACCAUAAUCCGCAUCAUGAGAGUGCUGAGGAUUGCACGAGUACUGAAGCUCCUGAAGAUGGCGGUGGGGAUGCGGGCUUUGCUGGACACCGUUAUGCAAGCCCUGCCUCAGGUGGGAAAUCUUGGUCUUCUCUUCAUGCUCCUCUUCUUCAUCUUUGCAGCCUUGGGAGUGGAGCUGUUUGGUGACUUGAUUUGUGAUGAACUGCACCCGUGUGAGGGCUUGGGACGCUAUGCAACAUUUAAAAACUUUGGGAUGGCGUUUUUGCUGCUCUUCAGAGUUUCAACUGGAGACAACUGGAAUGGCAUCAUGAAGGACACUUUAAGGGACUGUGCCCAUGAGUCGAGUACCUGCUACAACACCGUUGUCUCUCCCAUCUACUUUGUCUCCUUCGUCUUGACCGCUCAGUUCGUCCUGGUCAACGUCGUCAUCGCUGUCCUGAUGAAGCACCUGGAAGAGAGCAACAAGGAAGCCAAGGAAGAGGCGGAGCUGGAGGCGGAGUUAGAGCUUGAGCUACAUGGCGAUGGGAGAGACAUGGCGACAAGGUCGCCCCGGCUCAAUCCUCUCACACUGGGCAUGGACAGGUCAAGUUCUGGGGGUUCACCCUGGAGGUCUGGCGGAGGUGGGGACACAGGCCAGGAAAGGGGCGGUCUUGUGGACUCACCCACUGUUGAUAUACCCAGAGACCCUGUAAACUUUAUAGAAGAGCCACCCUCAUGCCUGGAGUCCCCUCCAGAGUUUGUCCAGAAAAGAGCACAGUUUGACUCAGUCUCCCUGGUCAUCCAGGGUUCAAUGGAGGGGGAGCUGAGUUUGAUGGACAACUUGUCUGGCUCUGUGUGCCACUACUACGCGCUUCCCCCCAAGGCCAGCAAGCACAACACCGACAAAAAGAUCCCUCUAGCUGAGAUGGAAGCUCUGUCUCUGGCCUCUGAGAAAUCCUGGUCCCGAGCUCUGACAGAGGAUUCGGUCGCUGACGAUUUUAAUCCCCUCUCUCUAAGCAGCCUGGAAUGCAAUACCGAGCAGCUGAACCCAGGGGAGGCUUUGGAGGACAACCUGCUGAGUGUCAGAAAGCCCACGGUGGGACGCACGCACUCCCUGCCCAACGACAGCUACAUGUUGUUCCCCCGGCAGGCCUUCGACCAGCCCGCCACCGCAGCUUCAGCGCAGCUUCCAGCACAGAUGCCUCGGCCCCAGCACAUACUGGGUUCCCACUGGGCCCAGGCAGGCUCCAGUGGUUCUGUGCGUUCCCAACCUGAAGAAUCUUCGCAACGACUGACCAUUCCCACUGACCUCUUCAGACCCAUCAGCCCCCACAGCCACUCAGACUCUGAGAGUCACCCUCCCAGACGCACACAUGCGGUGAGCCGCAAGCUCCGCAGACAGGUUGCAGUGUCUACUGAUUCCCAGGAGGCCCUGUGUUCAGAUGAGAGGGAAAGCAGUGAAGGACUUGCAAAUGUAGCUUCUCUUGGCCUCCCUCCAUCUUCCUCUGCCUCCUCUUCUUGUUCCUCCUCCUCCUCACCCUUACCCUUCUCCCACCAGCAGCAGCAGCCUGCAUUCUGUCUAGUCCCCCCCACACCUGGCGCCUCCCCGAAACCUUCGCGCCCUUGCAGUGUGCGCACCCAGCUACGCGACCAGCACUGCCUUGACUCCUACUCGCCUUGCUCGUCCCAUCCGCCCUUACCGGCGUGGCCGCAGCAACAAAACCAGGCCUCUGUGGAUCAGGAAGUGUCCCUUAUUACUGGGGGAGUGUUGACAGGAAGUGAUGACAUCAUGACACAGGAUGAUGAACUAGGCAGCGGCAGCAGCAUUGGAGUCAAAGAGGGUUACAAAAACAAUGCGGACUGCCAAGAAAGUGGGAGUACUUGUUCGAGGCCGUUGAAGAGGUUUCACAGUGUUGACACACAGGGCCGCAGCGUUCUCCUACCCCGUUCUCGCCCUUACUCCUGGUUGGACGACCCACGUCGCCACUCGGUGGAGGUUUGUUCCGCGGUGGAUUCCGGGCCCCAAUACAGCACCACGUCCACUUCCUCUGGUUUCGUGUCGCAGACUGACAGUCUGCAAAUCCACAGUCAGACCUCCACUCAGACCUCACUGCCCUCACCUCGACGUAAGAAGAAGAUGAGCCCUCCCUGCAUCUCUGUGGACCCCCCUGAUGGUUCGGAGCCCCAGUCCAGCCUCUACCCAGCCCUAGGUGGCUUAGGGAUAGUGGGCUUAGGGUUGCCACCUCCCCUGCCUAACCGGGACACCUGCCUGAGGAGGAGAGCGCCCUCUAGUGACUCCAAGGACUCCUUUGACCUUGGCGUUCAGGAUUCGGGACAGGACGGUGGUUCUCCGAACACCAACCCCAAGCUACUGACUCUUCCCAGUUUCUCCUUUGAGAAGACAAGCUCUGAGCACUGAUCACUGAUACGCAAACACACAAAGACACACCAUAAGGUGAAACACAGACACUUUGUGUAUCUUUGGUGGUGAUAGAUCUAGUAAUAAUGCUGUAGAGAGUAAUAAUGGUUGACCCACAAAAAACAAAAAACAAAAAAAAAGCAGUGAAACACCCUUGUUUCCUUUUAGGAGCAGUGCUGUAGUAGUGUUACUGGCCUUCGUCUUUGUAUUUUUUACUGCCAACACUACUAGACAGGAGACCAAACAAGACACAGGACCACCCCUCCUCUGCUCCGCUCGCAUGCCAAUGGCUGCAGUUUGAUCCAAUAACCUCUGGAGUGACAUCAUGAGAUGACGCCACCUUCAGUUGCCGUUAGAACUUCCUGGCAUUUCACAGGGUUGACUGCCCGCUCAUUGGAGGUACAAAGCAAUAUGAACGUUUUAGAGGCACUAUUUUCUUAAAUUAUUGGGACAUAGUGUUUGUACAGGGCGUUGUAGUUUUAUUUUAUGUUUUUCUUUAUUCUGUUAUUUUUAUGUGAUUUUUUUUUUUUUUCACGGGCUUGGGGUCUAAAUGGUUUGUUUGUCUUUUUUCCACUCUAUGUUGUUUUUAGCUUUUUUGGGGUUUAUUGAGGAAAGUAAACGUUUUUCAAAGUGCUGAGGACUAUGUAUUUGUAGGAAUAAUAUAUAAAUCUAUACAUAUACAAAAACAUGUCAUUAAACAGAGCUUGGAUUUUUAAGCACACUCAUUUAAACAUGGUGGUCAAUUGUUAGAUGGAGAGAGGAAGUUGCAUCUGGUGUAUUUUCAUGGAUUUUCUAAUUCUCUCCAAUCGUGACAAAGCUGAAAAACAGUAUGUUUUAAGGUAGAAAAACCUUUUUUUCGCGUUUGUAUUUCACUUCAUACUACCAACUCCAGCUUUAACAUAGCUUGGACACUAUGUUAAAUGAAAAAAAAAAGGGGGAAUACCAAAUCAUCUUUGACUUGUGUGAUGCUAAAAAUGAAAAGCACAUUACUUCCUGUUUUGCCUC